ACCCUCCCUUCUAAAAUCUUCCACCCAAAUUUCCAAUCACAACCAUGGCCGACACUGAAGAAUCCCUCACCGUCACCGCCGAAUCAUCUCCGAUCCCUAAAUCCACCGUCGUUGGAAGAUGGGCCGACGAACCCGAUGACGUUCCGGAUCAAUCCGAACCCGACUCACAACCAUCCACUUCAGAUAUCAACCUUAACUCACUUCAAAUUGAUGAGUCCAAGAAACUUAACAACUUUCUUGAAGACCCAGAAGAUUCAAACAUCCAAGCUGUUACUUCUGGGGAGACACCGUAUACGUCUGCGCUUCGGUUUGAGGAUUUGAAUCUAUCUCCUGAGUUACUUAAAGGAUUAUAUGUAGAGAUGAAGUUUGAAAGGCCUAGUAAGAUACAAUCGAUUAGUUUACCGAUGAUUUUAACUCCGCCGCAUAAGAAUUUGAUUGCCCAAGCGCAUAAUGGGUCUGGGAAAACGACGUGUUUCGUUUUGGGAAUGUUGAGUCGCGUUGAUCCAAGUGAACACUCCCCUCAAGCAGUUUGUAUAUGCCCGACUAGAGAGUUGGCAAUUCAGAAUAUGGAAGUGUUACUGAAGAUGGGAAAGUUUACGGGCAUAACGUCGGAACUGGGCCUUCCUCCAGAUAAAGCUAACUAUAUACCAGUCGCCAAGAGAGCAGACGUGACAGCACAAGUAAUCAUUGGCACACCUGGUACCAUUAAUAAAUGGAUUACCGCCAAGAAGCUGAGCACAUCUAAUUUGAAGAUUCUUGUGUUUGAUGAGGCAGAUCAUAUGUUGGCAGAGGGCGGGUUCAAAGAAGAUUCUAUGAGGAUAAUGAAGGCAAUCGUCAAGCAGAGUCCUAGUUGCCAGGUGCUAUUGUUUUCUGCUACCUUCAAUGACACUGUGAAGGCUUUUGUAUCGAAAAUUGUGAAAGAUCUUUUUGUACAAGAAUACAAUCAGUUAUUUGUGAAGAAGGAAGAAUUGUCUUUAGAAUCCAUUAAACAAUAUAAAGUGAAUUUACCUGAUGAGCUUUCGAAGAUUAUGGUUAUUAAGGACAAAAUCAUGGAUUUGGGGGAGAAAGUUGGGCAGACAAUUAUAUUUGUGCGCACAAGAAGAAGUGCUGGAAUGUUGCAUGAGGCACUUGUUAAGUAUGGGUAUGAGGUAACAACAAUCCAAGGCGCUCUUACACAAGAAGACAGAGACAAGAUAGUCAAAGAAUUUAAAGAUGGGUUGACCCAUGUUCUAAUAUCAACUGAUCUUCUUGCUCGUGGAUUCGACCAAUCCCAGGUUAAUUUGGUAGUGAAUUAUGAUCUCCCGAUAGUACAUGAUAACCCCACAGAGCCAGACAAUGAAGUCUACUUGCACCGCAUUGGUAGAGCGGGCCGGUUUGGCCGCAAGGGGGCUGUAUUCAACCUGCUGUGUGGUGACAGGGACAAAUUGAUCAUGGAAAAAAUAGAGCGGCAUUUCAACCAUUAUGUCACAGAGGUGCCCUCAUGGAGAAGUGAUGAAGAUUUCAAGGAUGCUUUGAAGAAAGCCGGUUUAAUGUAAAGCUUUCAAUAAUAUAUGUUACUUUAAGCCUACCAUUACAUUAUGUUCACUUGUGACAAAGCAAGAGCAGAAUGUGCAACUAUGACUGCACUUUUGUUUCAUUGGAUGUGAAGUGGUCUUUCUAUUGGUUUGCUGAGAAAGAGUUUUGUUUAUGAUUAGUUUUCUAUUUACGGAAGUUGAAAGUUAUGAACAAUUGAACGCCACAUAUUUGAAACUUGUCUUUGUAUCUCAUGGACCAUGUUUGUCUGUUCAAUUUCGGAACUUGAGCUUUUGUGACAGGCUGUAAUAUCAUUCAUCUCUGGGUAAAACCCAACAUUUACAUUUAUGUAUUAUAUUUAUGUAGGCAAGUAUGGCACUGUAAUUUUUUGAUACUCUGUUGUAUUUCUAUUAUCUGGAUCUGUUCAUACUUUGUUUCUUCUGAAA